GUGAUUCUCCUGCAGCAAAUGUCAUCCAACAUCACGAGCAAAAAGAGCUGUUAUGCAUGCUUCUCAGCCAGCCACUUUAAUAGGAAACGAACAUCUCCUUAUCACACACACUGGCAAGGAUUAAUUUGACUAGCUUGUUUGGAAUACUUCUCACAAUCUACGUUUUUGAGUUCGUGAAUUGACCUCCACUUUGUUUUACAAACGCAAGGAAAGAGCGACAAUGCAGCUAUAUUCAAGUUUGGCAAGUAAAAACUACGACUACGAUUCUAUCCAGCCAUAUUUUUAUGUUGACAACGAAGAUGAGGAUUUUUAUCACCAGCAACAAGGACAACUUCAGCCACCGGCUCCAAGUGAGGACAUCUGGAAGAAAUUUGAGUUGCUGCCCACUCCUCCUCUCUCCCCGAGCCGGCGACCAUCACUGUCUAGUCUUUUCCCUUCAACUUCUGACCAACUCGAAAUGGUGACUGAGUUUCUCGGGGAUGACGUUGUAAACCAGAGUUUCAUCUGCGAUGCCGAUUACUCUCAAACCUUCCUCAAGUCUAUCAUCAUCCAGGACUGUAUGUGGAGCGGGUUCUCGGCUGCAGCCAAGUUGGAAAAAGUGGUGUCUGAACGACUCGCCUGUCUCCAAGCUGCUAGGAAAGAACCAGCUUUUAGCGACAACGCGGAGUGGACUACUACUCGGUUGAACGCAAACUACUUGCAGGAUCUGAACACAUCCGCGUCCGAAUGCAUUGAUCCCUCAGUGGUCUUUCCCUACCCAAUAACUGAUACUUCCAAAUCAAGCAAGGUGACACCACCCACGGAUUUGGCAUUGGAUACCCCACCCAAUAGCAUUAGUAGCAGUGGUAGUGACUCAGAAUAUGAGGAGAUAGAUGUCGUGACUGUGGAGAAGAGGCACGCAGAGAAGCGGUGUGACCCCAACAUGUCUGGGACCAGACAUCACAGUCCCCUUGUGCUGAAGAGGUGCCAUGUCUCCACCCACCAGCACAACUACGCAGCUCACCCCUCCACGCGGCACGAGCAGCCAGCUGUCAAGAGGCUGAGGCUCGAGAGCAGUAACAGUGGCAGCAGCAGCCGGGUCCUCAAGCAGAUCAGCAGCAACCGCAAAUGCCCAAGUCCCUGGGCAUCAGACACUGAGGACUAUGACAAAAGAAGGACUCAUAAUGUACUGGAGCGCCAGCGGAGGAACGAGCUCAAGCUGAGCUUUUUCGCUCUACGGGACAAGAUACCGGAGGUGGCUAACAAUGAAAAGGCAGCCAAAGUGGUCAUCCUGAAGAAGGCGAUAGAGUGUAUUUACAGCAUGCAGACAGACGAGCAGAGACUAGUCAACUUCAAAGAGCAGCUAAGGAGGAAAAGUGAACAUUUGAAACAGAAGCUGGCCCGGUUGCAGAACUCUCAUGUUUGAGAUCAAAGCGGCAUAGACUUUUUGGCCUUAUCGUUAUUAAUGCAAGUUAAGACAUGGCGUGUAUAGUUGAUAUUGCAUGAAAACAAAAAAAAUGCGAGUCUUUGAUUUAAAUGUUGAACUGCCUUAAUUCAAUUAUCGGCAGUAAAAUAUUAAAUUUAUUUUAUUAAUAAAAUAUGAAAAUGGGGUACAUGUGUUGCAUGCCCAACCUAAAAUUUGAAUGUUUUGUAUAUAGUUACUGAGUAUUUCCUAAUAUGUAUUUUUGGAUCUCAAUUGUCAGGAAGUUCAGGCAGUAUAUGGGUUUACAUAUGUUCCUCGAUUCAUUUGAAAUAUAAAUGCAUUUCUUAACACUCGCCUGUUUUUUAAAAAAAAAAUUAUAUUUUGUCUCUUGCAGUCUCACUUGAAUGAGGUCUUACAAGAUCUGUUUGCAUUAACAGUUGAUCUGAUACAGUUGAUUUCACUCGUGGGCUGACUUGUUAAAAUGGACAUGGAUUUGCAUUAAUGUGUAUUCUCUUUGAAGUCUUAACAAUUAGAAGACCAGUAGAAUCACCUUUAUUCAGGAAUUUGAAAUGGUGCAGUUAUAAACCGAUCUAUCCAGAGUUGACCAUGCCACAAGUUGGUAUGGACAGUUGAGGGUCAGUCGUCAAAUACAUUUCAGGGGAACCAACUUAUAAUUGAAGGCAAUUGGGUCGUACACCUUAUUUCGAUCUUCGAUGAGUGAACCGAGCAAGCACUGGAGAUUUGAUGUCCUAAUUUACAUAGUCCAGAUGGCAGAAAGACCAGAUCCUUUUCAAUGUUAUGUCUUGUUCUUCACCCUUUUAGAAUAACUUCCUGUUUAUGGAUUCAAAAGCACAGGAAUGUUGUAAGCAUUGGCUGGGAGAGAGACUACCAAGGGUAUGGUGUAUAUGUAACUUGAAUCUCAUGGCGGUGGCAAAGGGGAUGAAUGGACUUAAUUUUCCAAUGAGAAAAUACGUACAACUGUGGGAAAUAAUGUAUAGUUCUGAUAAUACCCUAUUGUAUCUGGUAGGAGUUUGUUUGUUUUGGAAAAUGAGGGUAUGUCAGACUUCUGGGACUCGUUGGAAACAUCCAAAAUGAUGCAUAAAACUUUAGGUACAGUAAAAUCGGUGAAGAGCACGAGAAGUAGGUUUGUUCUGAUUUCUUGUUUCUGAGGAUCAGAAUUUUUUUGGGGGGGGGGAGGGUAAUCACUCAUCAUACUUUGAGCUACGGAGAAGGAAACCUGUCAAAUAAGUAAUUUCUCGAGUCUGUACUAUCCUGGCAGCUUUUGUAAACCAGCCUUUACAAUCUUCUUGGUGUAAAAUGUUUGGAAAUGUAAGAAGUGCCUGCAGAAGGGAGAAGCCGAUGUGUGCGAAACAUCACUAUGAAGGAGAUUUUGCAUGUUUAUUAGAAGGCGUGGAGAACAUGAAGCGCAGUCCUUGGAUUGCCCGAUUAGGGUGAACGAGACUGAGGUUGCCAAAAGCAGGGCAGUUGAGAGUAUCCUAUGCCAAGACUUUCAAAAGGUAUAGUAUCUCUGAAGGUCCAGUGGGAAUGAAGACCAGUACGUCUACACUGGAACCUUCACCACAUCCUGAGUAUUACAUUUACAUACAUUUACAUUUAAGUCAUUUAGCAGACGCUCUUAUCCAGAGCGACUUAUUACCAGCAGGACCCAGACAUUCUUCAUGUGAAACAAUUGGACUUUGUGUCAUUUAUAGCAAUGGUGAUAAAUGGAAGUGCAUAAGUUCAAAAUAAGUCGAGAAAGAUCAACAUCAUUGUUUCUGCAGCUAAACUCUUUCUGGGAUUAAAAUAUUUGAUAUCUGAGGAGCUACUGUCUCGUGCAGUCCCACUCUCUCAGGCCCCAGAGCCUGAGCAGGGUAUUUGAGUUUUCCAAUGACUGAAGGAGUUGAAAUGUAUAUAUUUUGUGUUAAUACUUUUUUUGUAGUUUGCGUGGAUUCAUGUAAAUGUUCCCUUCCCAUAUGGAAUUUUAUUUUUGUAAAUCUUUUCACCCCCGUCCAGUUGGUGGCGACAUUACACCUUGUGUGUAGUUUGCCAUAAAACCCAAAGAAGAAGAAGCAUUUGCUGGAGGGUAUUAUGACAUGUCCAUGGUGCUGGACUAUUGUUAAAUCCAUGCAAGAAUGUAUGUAUGUGCACACUUCAAAAGAAGGGUGGAGAAUUGGGAUGGAGCCCUCUUCAUUGAUUAAAGCCUUGAACCUA